AGUUACUAAGUAACAGCUUGACAGUAACAAAAUGGACCAAAACUGCCUUUUGUACGAAUUUAUUUUCAUAAAAUAAAAUUGUAUAAACUGGGGCCAAUUAUAUAAGUUUGUACACCUAGAUUAUAGCGUAUAUUUGUAAUGCAUACAUACAGUCGUGGAAAUAUUAGAAAAAUAGCUUUUCGCACAAGAGGACGAUCAGCUCAAUCCCUUGAUACUAAUACUCCACCAUUAGAUCCAGGGGCUGGUGGAGAUAAUCGCCUUUUUCUACAAAUUAGACCUGCAAUUGCUGACCCCAGGAGUACUCUAGCGCGAUCACAUACAACGCUUUCAGGAAAUGAUUUUCUUCACAAAGAUGACGCCAGAGAUGAAAUGGUUAACUUACAAGCUGUGGGAGAAGGAAAGGUUCAAUUAUCUCGCACACCACAGGAAAAAGACCGACUACCGGAUAGAAUAACUUUAGACAGACGGGGAUUGUCAUCUAUUCCCCAUAUCGUUGGGGAGCCUGGCUUGAGGCUACUGUCCCUACAACAUAAUUUAAUUAACAGCCUAUCCGGUUUAUCAUCUCUAGAUUUAGGCAAAUUGGUAUUCCUCGAUGUCUACGACAAUCAAAUAGACAAAAUUCACUCUUUAGAAAGAUUAUUUAGUUUAAGAGUACUUUUACUUGGAAAAAACAGGAUCAAAAGAAUAGAAGGAUUAUCAAAUCUCAUAAAACUAGAAGUUUUAGAUUUACACGGAAACAGGAUAAGUAAAGUGGGUGGACUGUCAAAUUUAAAUGACCUGAAAGUUCUUAAUUUGGCUGGAAAUCAAAUAAAAUGCAUAGGUCAAUCUGAUCUACAAGGACUAGUUUCUCUGAGAGAAUUGAAUUUGAAAAGAAAUCGUCUGAGAAAAUUACUCGGUUUUCAAAAUACGCCAAAAUUACAAAAACUAUAUUUAGGAAAUAACGAUUUGCAGAGUGUAGAAGAUGUAUCCUCACUUGCUGAAGCUACGUCUCUAAUUGAUGUGUCUCUAGACGGCAAUCCAGUGGCUCUAGGUGGUGAUUGCACACCUUUUCUCGUGUCGUACUUACCAAGUUUACUUACAUUAACAAACAUGCAUGUGACAGACCAGGUUAGAAGAGCAGCAAUGGCUUGGCGAGAAAAUAAAGAAGCAGCCCACGCUGCGUACUGUGCACUAGGCGGGACAGCUCACCAAGCCGCACGACGUGACCAAAUCAUUAACAAUGCACGCACCAAUUGGGAAUUACUUCGAUCAGAAAACAAGUGUUUUAUGAAUCUUACCGCUUCAAACAAAGUUCUUGAGACAGAAAAAGAAUUUGCAAUAGACGCAUCUACUGUAACAUUACCACACCACGAUGGAACUCAAACGAAUGAACCAUCAAACCUUCCCGAUGUUGUCGUAUCUCUACAGCAUAUUGAUGCUGAUGAUUCCGAUGGAAAAAAUAACAGUAGCGAUAAUAAUGUCAAAACAAAUGUUAUAAAUAGUGGGAAAGCAUCUCCAAUGAGGAAGUUACAAAGAAGUGCAACAGCAAGAAAAUCCGAUAGGCGUGUAAACUUUUCAGAUCGAAGUGUGUCACAAGAUACAGAUGGUUCACAUUCAACGUCCACAAGUAGCGACCUGAGGCUACCACCCAUAUUAUUACCGAUUAUUUCGUCUUUGGAAAAUGUUAAGUUAGCAGACAGCAAUGAACCAAUAUUGAAGAGAUGGGAAAGUAUUUCUAGCGUAGAUCCAAUUGUGGACUCCUCUUUUAGUUCUAUGCCCUCUUCUACUAGCGAAAGUGAAGAUGAAACAAAUAAACGGCAAGUUCGACGCAUGCCUACAGCUAUAAGAAGACGAGAACAUUUCAGCACCAUGCGUUCUAAAUCUGUGUGUGACCCAGAAUGUCGCAGGAUUAAAAAUAAUACUAAACAUUCUGAUAAUAGUGAAAAUACUAGCAACAUAUCCACUAGUACAAAUUUUGGCUCAGUUGCAAAUUCAUCUACUUCUGGUAGCGACCAUAAUAACAAAAAUUUUAGACGGGAAGGGUCAAUUAACAGUCGAAUAAGUAACAGAAAUAUCAAAAGUGCUACGAUAACACGGAGAAGCGAAAGAGCAUCAUCGGCUAGUCGAGCAUCGACAGCCAGAGUGAAGUCAGGAAAAAGUUUAGCCAGUUUAAAAUCAUCAGAACCAGUUUUGAAACCUGUACCUUCAUCAAAAGAUAGAGAACAAGGUGUAGAUUACCUUGUUGAAGUUUGUGAUGGUGUUGUGAGUGCGUGGGGAGCAGGAGCAGUUAGACGUCUCGCUCGGGAUUGGGAUUGGGAGAAAGCACGUUCCGUUAUAAAGGCAGCUUUUCAUUAUGUACACUUCAACGCAGUGGCGCAAUCUUUGCCAGAACUUAAAACAAAGUUUCCAAAUGUUACACAUAUAUCUUUUCGAGCAACUGGACUUCAGUGGCUGGGUCAAUUACAUGCACUAGCCGAAUUACGCGGUCUUACAGGAUUAACAGUCUUGCCAGAGGGUAACCCAAUACACGCUAAAAGUUGGAGAGAAUACGCAGUAUACAGAUUGGCUCACUGGGGCUUGAAAGAAAUAAACGAUGAACCGGUGACAGAAGAUGAAAUCAAAUCAGCAAACAAAAUAUAUAAUGGACUUAGCGAUAUAGUGUUGCGAGCACUUCCCGACGCUCCGUUGCAGCCUCUACUCUCAAGGCUCGGUAGAAGUGGUAAUAGUACAGUUAGCGCUAAAGCUUGGUUAAGGGCCGCUGAUCCUGCACUUAGAGAUGUAAUAGCAAAAGAAGCUUUACAAUAUAAGAAAGGGCAUGUUUCGCAGGAGGAUAUGAGUUGGCGAGUACGCGGUAGAGGUCAAUUAUCACACGCAAUCGAGUUAGCUUGUGGAGCAGCACAAAGGUUACGAGCACUAGAACUUCAAUGGCCGACCAUUUUAGUAGAAAUGAUUGAAGAUAUUUUAAAAGAUUUCUCUGACAUGGAGUCGCAUGUGAAAGAUCAAAUGCGUCUACUUAUGGAUUCACCUUAGUAACGUUUUUUUUUUUGUUUACUUAAUUAGCAAUUUUUUUCUGUUUAAUGUACCUACACAUAAUUCAUGCUACAUAAACUAAAUGUCGUAAGAGGCGACUAAGGAAGGAAAAGGCAGCAGCGUCCCUCUUAAAACGUACAAAGCCUAACUGCGGUUGCCAAUCCGCCUGCCAAGUGUGGCAACUAUUGACGACCCCCUCCCCCAGUGGGGGGCUUAUGUUCAGAUGUGUGGACAGUUGAAUGUUGAUAUGAUGGUGAUGAUGAAACUAAAUUUCAAAUUUAAAACACAUAUUUUUUAAAUAAUGUUAUUUCUGAAUCUUUUUAUUACUCUGUAUUUGUUAUAGUCAUAGCGGAUACGAUCAAUCAAGAUUUUGAUUUAGAUGUCACAGAUGUAAAAAAUAAUUGUAAAUUAUUUAUUUCUUAUAUAUAUUUACGAGUAUAGAUAUUUCUUAUUUCUCAAUUAUCUCACUGUAUUGUCACUGUCCGUUACGUGCAAUCUACAAAAGUAAUAGAAUUAAUUUCAAACAGGCAUUGUCUUAAUUUCUCUAAUAUUCGUGUUAAACCUUAAGAAUAAGAACUAGGCAGAAGUGACACUCCCGCCAAUUUAAUAAUAAUACCGUAUCCGUCACUCGGGACAUCCUUGAAUUUUAAAUUAAUUUAAUCAGGGCUGUUCUGCGCCACUCAGAGAGCACAUUUAAUAGUAAGCCACUAGAUGGCUUUUUUUACCUAUGCAUAGAUAUUCACUUUGAUAUCGUACGUAUACGAAAAUAGUACGUGAUUUCACCAAAUUAAAUUUAAUAUUUUUUUAUGUAAGUUAACACCGUUGUAAUACAUAUUCAUUCAUCCAUUUAUUCUAUUUAAUUGUUUUACUAUACAUUACACACUUGUUAUAAAUUUUAUUAUUAAUAACUAUUUUAAUACAUUGAUGGUAGGAACAUCAUUGAAAAUCUUAUUAACAUUCGAGUCUCCCGAAUUGUUGGAUAUUUUGUAUGUAACUAAUAUUUGUCCAAGUCAUAAUUAUUAGGUUAUAUGUGUUGUCGUCACUCCUAUUGCAAGAAAGGCCGCCCGCUUAAGAAUUUACCACUUUUUCUUUUAAUACUAUAACGAAUUCAUUAUUUAUGUAUGACAAAGUAAUUUAUGAAAUGAAUAUAAAUUUAUAACAACCCUAUUUUAAUGAGGAGAAGUGGGGUAAAUUUUUUCGGCAUCGGUGCAGUCACAAUAGAAGGUACAUGAGUGUCACUUCUACCCAGAUUUAUUUAUUAUUCUUAUGGUUAUACAUCGUUGAUUAUGUAAAUCAGUUUUAUUAUUUAAUUAUCUGUCUCCUGUACCACAUUUUUAUAUUAAAUAUUUUCGAGCAAUGCAAAAACGAAUUUUGUGGACUGAAAAAAAUAUUAAAUGUAGAUGUAUUGCUCAAUGUAGGUAUAUAAUUAUUAUUGAAAAUAAUCACAAUUUAAUACUGCAUUGUAAUAUUGUAAACAAAUAGGUAAUUAGAUAACUAUGGACAAAAAACUAUGCAAGCCUCGUGAUUUAUGUAGCAAAUAAAGAUUUUUGAAAGAGAUUGGUGUUUUUAAACGUGAAUUCAAAUAAUAUUCUGUAUGUAAAUCAAUCCCCCUAGAUAAGUGACCAACUAAUCUAUCGAUAGAUACGUUUACGGUCCCACGUGCAUGAGAUAGAUCGAUAUAGACGUCUGGGAAGUAUUUCAAAAUCGAAGUUACCAGCAGAUACAAUUAAGAAUGUCAUCCUUUAAUUCAUAACCUUACUUGAGUGUUGUUCGGGGCCCAUAUCGUAUUAGAGACGAUUUGUAACAAAACAUUUUCAAAUAAUUUGAACUGAUCAGUAAACAAUAAAAUUAAUGAAGAUAAUUAUAGUCUGGACCGAUCGUUUACUUGUUUAUGUUUUAAUCACGGAAUGUUUUUUACAUUCCGUGAUUGCCACAAUUACAGGAUCAAGUAACGUAACGUC